AUGUUUCGUUAUGUUCCGGUCACGUUAUAUGGAAAGACACAUUCAAUAGAAACGUAUGCGCUGGUCGACGAAGGGUCAGCAUGUACUUUACUGGAAAGUGACAUCGCGUCGAGUUUAGGCCUGCAAGGACCGUCCCGAGAGCUCUGCUUAAGAUGGACUGGAGAUAUCACCCAAUCCGAUCCAACUUCAAAACUGGUAAGUGUUGACAUCUCAUCAAGCGACAAUUCGUCGCGAUACACCCUGCGUAAUGUUCGCACAGUGGCAAACCUCGACCUUCCCAUGCAAACACUAUCUGAAUCGGUAUUGAAUUCUCGUAAACAGUUAAACAAAUUGCCGAUAAAGCCUUAUGAGUCUGUGCGUGCUACUAUUCUGAUCGGCAUAGAUAACGCGAAACUGGGCGUACCUUUGGAAGUGAGAGAAACUAAAGGCGAUCAUCUCAUUGCCGCUAAAUGUAGAUUAGGUUGGGCGGUGUAUGGCCGCGUCAGCGCUGUUUGUGAGACUUCCAACAGAGUUUUACAUAUUUGUCCGUGCACUGCCACAGAACGCCUGGAUGACAUUAUUAAAGCUAACUACGCUUUAGAAGCGGUAGGUGUAUGUAAAACCGACGACCCCCUAAAAUCCAAAGCAGAUGAGCGCGCGUAUGCUAUUAUGAGAUCCACAACCAGAUACCUGCCUCUUGAAAAGAGAUACGAGACAGGACUGUUGUGGAAGUUUGACAAGAUAGUCACGCCCAACUCUCUGCCUAUGGCAAUGCGGCGUUUGAAUUGCCUUGAAGAAAAAAUGAUACGGGAUCCUAAGCUGAUGGAUUUUUUAAACAAUAAAAUUAGCAGCUACGAAGAAAAAGGUUAUAUCCGUAAGCUGAAGAAAGGCGAAUCUAUCGUAUCAGAAAAGACCUGGUUCUUACCCAUCUUCACAGUUGCGAACAAAAACAAGAACAAAACUCGGAUCGUAUGGGAUGCCGCCGCUGCGGUUGAGAACGUUUCGUUAAAUAGUUAUUUGAUGUCAGGCCCAGAUCUUUUAACGUCCCUAAUCGGCACACUGAUGCGAUUUCGCGAACGGCGCGUGGCUAUCGCAGGGGGCAUCCGUGAAAUGUUCCAUCAAAUUCGUAUAAGAGAUGAGGACCAAGCGUCUCAAUUAUUUUUAUGGCGGAACGGAAAUCGGUCGAGGCAACCUGAUGUGUAUGCAAUGAUGGUAAUGACUUUCGGAGCCGCCUGCUCACCGUGUUUGGCAAACUAUGUGAAAAACGAAAACGCAUCGCGUUUCAGCAAUAUAUACGCGCAUGCAGUCAAUACGAUUCAUAAAAAUACCUAUGUUGACGAUUGGUUACACAGUGCUGACGACGAAGAAGAGUUGAUCGAAUUGGCAUCACAAGUUAAGUAUAUACAUAGAGAGGGCGGCUUCGAAAUGCACAAUUGGCUCUCUAACUCAGAAAGAGUGCAGCAAGCGAUUUCAGGUUCGACAACACAAGCAGAGAAGUGCCUUGAGGAAUCAGGUACCUUGGUUGAAAAGGUUUUGGGAAUGUGGUGGCUUCCACAAACGGAUGAACUGACUUUCGUGGAGAGGUUUGACAAGUCGGUCUUCGAGGAAAGUGCUAUCUACACAAAGCGUAUUAUUCUGCGCAUCAUCAUGACGAUUUAUGAUCCCCUGGGAUUAUUAGGGUUUUAUUUAAUCCGGGCAAAAAUCAUAAUGCAAAACGUUUGGCGUAGCGGCGUGAAUUGGGAUGAUGCGAUUGGCGCUAAAGAACGGGAGGAGUGGCAAUCAUGGGUGCGAUUACUGCCUGAAAUAGGAAAUAUUCGUGUACCGCGAUGCUACUUGAAUGCCAGCACUAGUCACAAUAUUCAGCUGCACGUUUUCUGCGACGCAAGUGAAGCUGCUUACGCUGCGGUUGCCUAUUUAAGAGCAGACCUUAAGGGCGAGGUCAGCUGUACGUUGGUGGCAUCUAAAACUCGCGUGGCUCCACUCAAGCCGGUUUCCAUACCUCGUCUGGAGCUAAUGGGUGCUAUAAUUGGUCUUCGCCUUUCAAAACUCAUCAAGCAGGAAGUGACGUUGCCGGUGACCAAAACCAUAUUUUGGACGGAUUCCAAAAAUGUCCUCCAUUGGAUUCGGUCAGACGCUCGAAGAUAUAAUCAAUUUGUGGCUCUCCGG